AUGUUUUCAUCCAAAAUUUUUGCUAGUGUCCUGUUGUGUUCAUUGUUCCUCAAAUGUGCUAGUGAAAGAGACAUCUUCGUUUCACCAGGCGGAAAUGAUUCUUCAAAUUGCAGCGCGAGCUUCAAAUGCAAGACUCUCGACAGAGCUUUAGGGCUCGCUCGUGGAUUAAACUCAACAAGAAUAUUACUGAGCAAAGGAAAUUACUCGCUGAACACAAGCCACAGUUUUACGAAGAUUGUUUCCUUUGGUCUCUUUGGAAAUACUUCUUACGAUCAUGACGAUCAAAUCAGCUGUCAAAUUACAUGCGAGCCAAAUGUUAGUCUCUCGUUCACCUUCAGCGAAAAUAUUUCCUUUGAGGGAGUCAAGUUUCGGAAGUGUGGUGGUUGGCAUCAGAGUUCUGCGGGGAUAAAUGAGCAAUACCCAUAUUUUAAGGGGGCAAAAUUCAAGACUGCCUUAGAUUUUCGAUACUGCAGAAACCUUCGUAUAUCAAAUGUUGAAAUUUGUUCGUCCCCAGGGCUUGGGGCUAAUUUGUACGAUGUUGGGGGAGUUGUGAACUUCACAAACAGUUUGUUUGCAGAUAAUUACGCUUUAAACGAAAGUAGUUAUGACAGAUGGAUUUUUAUCAGCCCAGAUGGAAGCUAUGUUUACUCCGGAGGCGGUGUUAAUCUCAUGUUAAAUCAAUAUAGUCACAAUACGUGGAACGUGACUCCUGGUGAACACGAUUCAUAUCAACACAAUAACAUUUACGAAUUUUCAAAUUGCCAUUUUAUGAGAAACAGAGCUAUGUGGCUGAACAACACCAAAGAUAAUAACGGAAUGAACACACUAAAACUUCCUUUUAACCGUGGAGGUGGAUUAGCCAUGUAUUUCCAAGGGAAUGCAAGUGGGUGUCACAUUAAAAUCCAGUCAUGCGUUUUUGCGAACAACAAAGCAUCGUGGGGUGGAGGUUUUCAAGUUGAAAUGAAGGACAAAACGGAGAAUAAUUCUCUUGAAGUAAGAGCAACGGUCUUUCGAGAAAACUUUGCCUCAUUUGCAGGUGGUGGGGCUCGGUUAGGAAGCUUGCCGGAAAAGCAUGUUCAACUUCGUAUAAAUCAAUUCGAGAUGACAAACUGUUCAUUUGAAAACAACAAGGCAACAUUGGGAGGCGGUGCGUCGCUGUAUGGAGCAACAAUUGCCACCAAGCACACGGACCCCGUUGUAACUCAGUUUUUCUUUAAGAAUGAUAGCAGCUGGAUCGGAAACAUUGGAACCGUCGGAGCUGCCGUCAGUGCUUUUCUAAUUAACCGAAAUGAAGACCUCAUCGGACCGGAAAUCCCAUACCGGGUAUGUUUUGAGAACACUGUAUUUCGGUCUAAUAAGGUAGUUCCCCUUCAUCAUAACCUAACAAUUGGGCAAGGGACAUUUUACAGCCAGCAGGUUCCCCUUAUCUUUCAAGGGAAUGUACAAUUUGUAAACAAUACCCAGUCUGCGUUGGUUCUAGAUGGUUCAAUAGUCGAAGUUAAGGACAGACUAAAUUUUCUUAACAACACCGGUAUCAGGGGAGGGGCGAUAGCAAUGUACGGACGGUCAAGAAUUCUUUUGCACGAAAAUACGUCUGUAUUAAAAUUUGAAGGAAACAAUUGUGAGGACAAAGGCGGAGCACUGUACAUUCAAGCCCCAGGCUCCCCUCUGGUGAGCUUCAAGGCAACUGGUGCAGCUAAUCAAGUUUGCUUCUUCGGAUAUUCCAAUCCUGUGAAAGAUUAUGAUGAAUGGAACACAACUGUUAUUUUUAAAAAUAACAAUGCCAAUUUAGGAAGGUCGGUGUUCGCGACAACACUUCAGUAUUGUCGGCGGCCCGGUGAGAAACGACAAGGGAACAAUGUUCUAAAAUGGAAGUUUAUCAGAUUCGACGACCAGCCAUCAAAUUUGAACACCUCACUUCUAAGAAGAGUUAUGACGGAACCAGUGAACAUAACGACCCAUAAGAAAGAAUGGGAAGUUGCCCCUGGUGAGCAUUUUCAUGCAACCGUUAAGUUGUUUGAUGAAGUUGGGAAUGUCGUCUCGGGGAUUGUUAAUGUCAGUAUUGAAUCAGCUCAUUCUGUUAAACUCCUUAACCCAUCGCGGUCGCUUUUUCUUUCAACCGAAGGAAGAAUCACAAAUAUCACCUUGCGUGGAGAAAAUGGCGGUAUUUUUGAUGUGAAACUAAAUUGCAUUGGAAGUCAACUAUUGAAAAAACAGAUACACAACGUAACACUAAAAAACUGUUACGCUGGUUUUUAUUACUGCAGCGAAACGUCUUCAUGCAAAUGCAUGUCAAGAACUAACACGAGUUCGGCGAAAGGAAUAUCUCACUGUGAAAAAGGAAAAAGUGUUUAUAUAAAAGAAGGUUACUGGGCAGGAACAGUGGCGGGUAACUUUGUUACUUAUUUAUGUCCUCUUCAAUACUGCAAGAACUCAAGGGUUUAUAAGUAUUCAGAGGGCCACGUGUGUAGUGAUUCCAGAAAACCGGACAGCAUCCUUUGCGGGCAGUGCAAGCAAAACUAUACUAUUACCUUUGGAAGUGAACUUUGUUUUAAAAGCUGCAGUUACUGGCACUUGCUGUACCUGUUGCCGAUUGGCUUUGGUUUCCUCCUUGUCGUCGUCAUAGUGAUGCUAGUAGACCUUGAUUUCUUUACUGGGUACCUGAACGCUUGGCUGUAUUCAUAUCAAAUUAUGGAUUUACUAACACCUGACGGAUUUCACUUUGACCCGUUUAUCGAGUUUAUCACUGCUUUUACUAAUGUGCACAUAGAAAUCGGUGGUCGGAGCUUUUGCUUGGCAACAGGAUUAGACGACGCCGAUAAACUAAUGCUGAUGUAUGGCAUUCCCUUUUAUGUCUUGAUCGUUGUCGCCAUUCUAACUUGGUUAGUUGGUCGUUAUCCGCGCUGGUGCUUCAGCAGAAAAGUCCUAAGAAGUUCUCCUUCUGCUCCUUUUCGCGCUGUUUGUACUAUUCUUGUGUUCUGUUACACAGAUAUAACAAGAGUUUCCCUCCUAAUCCUUUCUCCCGCCCAUGUUGGAUCAAAGACAGUUCUCUAUUUUUAUGGUAAUCUCGAUUUUUUUCAUAAAAAGCAUAUCGCUUAUGGAAUCGUGGCCAUCCUCUGGAUUGUGAUCUUUGUGCUUCCAUUUCCGUUGAUUCUGUUGUUUCGCCCUUAUUUGACAAGAGAACUUCGUCCAGUGUUAAAUCUAAAUCGCUGGGGACCCUUUUUUGAUGCUUUUCAAAACUGCUUCAAGAAUCAGUAUCGGUGGUGUGCAUCAUUCUAUUUUCUUUGUCGACUGGGCAUUUUGUUGAUGCACACUUACAUACCGUCCGGUUCAGCAAAACGAGUCGUGUUAGAAGGCGCUUGCAUCCUAAUUCUCGUAAUUUUUGCGUACGUGAGACCUUACAAAGAAGCAAGGGAUGUCAAUGAAGGCGAGAGUAGCUACGAGUGGAUUUAUAAGUCAGAUGUAGCGCUGUUGACAACCCUCGCACUCAUCACCGUCAUCAGCUCACCAAUUGAUAGUUCUUCUUUUACUACCGAGGACGAAAAAAAAGGUUUGAAAGUGGUUGUUUAUGUUUUGGCAUACGUUCCCUUAAUAGUCCUGCUGGUGUUGGGUUACCGAGUUUUAAGGAGGUACUGCCCGGCCAUAGAUAUAGGAAAUUGCGUUACAGAGGAAGAGGCGAUAACACCAAUUGUUACCGAAACGUCUGAUAGUGCUUGCAGCGGCCGAAGAGAAACAUCUGAACUAACUACAUCUCCUGAAAACAGCCUGGCAAGAAACCCAAGAACCAGAAGACCCAAGACUGUCUAA